GCUAGCAGAUAAAAUAAAAGCUGAGCUCACUGUCAGAUAGACACCCUCAUCUCUGGAGAGUUUGUUUGAGCUCACCCUCAAGCUGGAUGAUUGGAUGUGAGAGCGACAUAGGGAACGCCGGGUUCCUCAGUCCAGGUGCCUUUCUGAAGCACCACUUUCACUUGAGCCUUCCAGCCCCUCAGCUAGAAGGUUCACUGAACCCUUGGAACAGAUCACGCAACUGGGAAGUACCCACCUUUCCCUAUUUGAGCGGGAUGCUUGUAUGAGGGAGAGCCAUUUUCUUUAAUGUGGGCAUCCAGGUCAUUUUUGUGCUUCAUUUCCAGAGCUCAUGGGAAACAUACAGCCCUCCCGAGUUCCUUUCCACUGGGAUUUACCUCAAUGCUGCCACAUCUUGGAGAGACUACCUAGAGAGGUUGGUCACCAUGUUUCUGGACUCAGGUGUCUGAGUAUUUCUGUGGACCAGUGAACUGUGUAUGUAUAUAGCACACAUAAGAAAUUUCCAAAAUCAUACUGGCCAUCUGUUGUUCCAUUGGCCCCAAGAGGGAAAUAGUCUACUGAUUUGUUUGGGGUCACCAUGUGCGUUAAAGGAAUGUCGCACCUCCCACCGCAGGACUGGAAGAAAGAUCAAGGUAGCCAGCACAAUGACCAACCUGGCAAAGAGUUUGCAAAGCUGCAAAGUUUCCAAAGAGUACAUAGGAAAACAAGACACCAUCCCUUCAGGCUGGCUGCCUGACUCUAUUAUUGAAGAAGAGAAAGAGAAGGAAACAGAGAGGAGCAAGCUACUGGUCACGCCGGAUGUUUUCACAGUCAAUGACAUUGGCAUUCUGAAAAAAAACAUAACACCAAAACACAGUGAGGGAAACCAUGAUCUGGCGAGCUCCAUCAAGGAAAAAAUCCAUGCCCAUCAGACUGCCCCAGGGGAGCCAAGAAACUUCAUGGGCAAUGAUUCUCUCAACGGGAAACACCACCAUGGUGAGAAGACACUUGGACAGAAAGAAGAACAAAAAAUGGGCUUAUGUAGCAGUAGCUUAGAUACAGAGGAUAGUGGACUGGGUGAAGAUGCAGACAACAGCGAUCAAACUGAAGUCGAAAAGAUCAAACCUAUUAACAGACCCAAGAUUAAGGUGUCCACAAUCGGGGACCUGAGGAACCAAUGGCAGAAAUUUGCUGAGGAGCAUGUGGAGGGUCAGAAACUCAACCCUUUUAGCGAGGACUUUGAUUACAAUCAUGCCAUGGCUGUGAGACUCCUUAAGGGAGAAUUGGGAUAUGGACACCCUAAAGAGGGCUCCAAAACAGCCCAGCGAGCUGAACGUGCCAAGAAACAUAUCCACCGGGAAAUGGACGAGAUGUGCUUCAUAAUCCACGAUAUGGGACAGAUGGACAAGGAAGGCCAUAUUUAUGUCACUUUUGGUCGGCUCUUCGACCACUAUGUCAAGAUCUCUGAUAAGGUAGUGGGGAUUUUGCUUCGUUGCCGCAAACACAAGAUGGUGGACUUUGAGGGUGAGAUGUUAUGGCAGGGACAGGAUGAUGAUGUUCAAAUCAGGCUGCUGGUGUGAUGGAUUCUGGAAUGCUGAAAAAAGCCAGGUUUAUUUAUUUAUUUAUUUAUCUUUGUUUGUUUGUUUGUUUGUGUAUAUAUUUGAACUGUCCAACUAUGUUUGCGAGUGACAGUUAACCUGUACCUGCAUGAUUUUAUGCAUUGUGCUGCUGCCACAUGAUUGGCUAAGUGGAUAACUGCAUAAAUGCAUAAAUCUUGUACCCAAAUGGUGUACAAGAAUGACGCAGUUUAAUUGACAAAUGAGUAUAAUUCUGGGCGUAUGUUAAUUACUACUGCUGCAAGAAAACACUGAAAUAUUGGGCUAUGCAAGAAUGACAACAUCAAGUAAAAUUAACAUUUAAUAAAAUUUUUUGUAUACAGUCAACAUUUAAAUAAACAUUAAUAAAAUAGUCAACAGGCCUGUGAAUGCAACAGGAAACAAGAAAAACAACAGGAACAAGAAAAAGUUCUGCUAACGAAAAAUAUUACUUUAUGGCCUAUGUUAUUAUAACAUUUAUAACAUUUUAUUUAUCUUGAUCUAACAAUUUAUUUAUCUUUUAUCUAGUAUUUAAAGAAGUACCCAAAUGGUACCUUGGAACAAAUAUUCUCCUUCUUUGCAGCUGGACCUGGAUCAUAUGCCUCCAUGACCUCAGUGAGCCCUCAUCACUGUCUCGAUUAGGCUGAUCAGAUUCUCCUGCUUUUAGGAAGAAACUUUUAAGAGUCAACUGUUUCCCCAUUGUUUGUUCAACCACAUGAUUGUAUAGUGAACAUUUACUGCUAGCACUCUGUAUCAGACACCGUGAUUUUGGCAAGAGGAAAUUUGAAUUUUGGAAUUGAAUAGACUGUAUAUGACUGUGUGACAGGAAUUUUUAAUUCUGUAAUUGAAUAACAUAUCUGGAUUUUCUGUGCAUGUCAAGAGACAGAUCUGCCUAUAAGAGCACCCAGAGAGUCCGUCCCUAAAACAAACCCCCAUGACCAAAGACAAUAGUAUUAUUUACCUAAGAUGUGCACUUUGCUAGCUGUCUAAUUUUCUCAGAUAAAAUGGAUAUUAAAGCGAAUUGGGAACCAUUUAGCAAACUACAUGAAUCCCAUUUUAAUUCCUGUCUCAUUUUUUGAACAUGACCACUAUAGGUGUGAUUUGCUAGAAAACAGCGAUUCCACUGCAAUGGCUAUAUGAAUUAGAGGCUAGCAGCAGGUAUUGAUACCUGUGGAAGCCACUAGUGGCAGUGCACUUAAACUGCUACAUUUUAUCAUUUAAAUUUUUUUUUUUCAGCUUAUCAUCUAUAUUUGUUUAAAGAGACAUGCAUUAUUGAAUAAGAUGAGGUGUAAAAUGAGGUCUUUACUUAUUUUUUAAAAAAUACAUAUGUACUUUGUUUACAUUGAAAUUUGUAUGUUCUUUAAAUGAAUAUUUUUACUGGACACUGAUUCUGGCAGGAAUUUAAUUUAAACUUAAAACUUAAUUCAGGAAUUUAGGAAUUUAAAUUUAAAACUUAAUUUGUCAGUCAAGCAGAGUUUUUACUUGAACCCUGUUACCCAUUUUAGGGUAACAGUAUGGCAAAUUAGAAAUGGUUGAUAUCCUCUAAUUUUCUGAAUGAAGAAAUGAAGAAGUUUCUGUCAGAAAAUGUUGUUUUGCUACCUGCGACCCUUUCUGGGUUGUGCGUCCUGUGCAUUGCAUGAGAAUUUGGCCUUUGUUGCACAGAAACUGUAGCAACUGAAAGUCAUUCACACAAUUAAUCUGGAAGUUCUUGAUGAAAUGGUUACUUGUGACUUCUCAAAUCAGUGAUGUAUGUAUAGGGAGUGCAACAAAUGCAAGAACUGCUCAUACCCACUGUUCAGUCCAACAUAUUUUCAAUAUCAAACAGCAGUUUAUGUACUGCAGAUCCCUGAAACAGAGCCUAUCCCUUAAUAAAUGCUUGAUUCAAGUGGAUUUCUCUGAGAAUUAUGGCUGCAAAUACAGUUCAGAGAUUCAAGCAGUUUAUUUUGGGUCCUCAUACAAGCAGGCCACACUAAGUACAGGUGUUCUGUACUUAGGUGGAACAACCAGUCCCAUCUGUUUCAGCACUGUGUCACCAUCUAAACAGAAAGGUCCUUCAUAAUAUAGCAGCACUUCGAGCCAGUGCUCGAAUAUUUCUUUGGAAUUUCAGCCAUGGCAAAGGUGCCCCUGAUGGGGUGGAAGGAUCAAUGAAUAGGACAGCUGACAGGCUGAUUCAUGUAGCCAGGGUACUGAUAUCCCAGAUGCUGCCGCACUGUUUAAAAUCCUGACAGGCACUGACACAACUGUAAAGUUCUUCUAUGUGGAUGAAGAAUUGAUUGAGAGGGCAGUCAAAGCAAUGCCUUUAGACAUCCCUGCUUUACCAUCCACCAUGAGGUCACACCAGUUGGUCACCCUUGCCCCUGCCCACAUCAAAUAUCGGGAUGUCAGCUGCCUGUGCUCUACACAGGGCAAUCUGGAUUGUGAGUGUUUCAACAGCAUUUCUCUUUUGACAUCGAAAAAUGAAUUCUGUACUGCUGCACUGCCUGAGAACAUUUGGCAAAUUGGGGAUGUAAUGGGAAGGUGGUGCACCUCUAUGAUGGCACUGUGUACCCAAGAGUAAUACUAGCAACUGACAAAACUCAUUGUAGACAGAAAUGCAUGCACCGGGUGGGCACCAACAGAUUCUUUUGGCUUCUCAGAGAUUAUAUUUACCUCUUGUCAUGUGGAGAUUACAGAAGAGAUGUGGUCAAAAUUUACAGCAUGUGAAAAGUGAAUACUUUUUGAACACAGAAUAUAUAUUUGAAUAAAUCUGAGUACAUUUCAUCAGAAUGCAGUGUCUUUUCCUUAACUUGAUGUUCUGUUUUACAUUUUAAACUGCUCUGUGUUCUUUUUGCAGUCUUGUGAAGUGGGAAUGUAAUCUUUUCAUUCAAACCUGUACUCACUGCAACCCUUUUACACGAGUUUUAACCUUAAUUAUUUUAUGAAAAUGGAUUAAAAGAAUGCUUUUAAUGAAAAUAUUUUGAUAUUUUUUAUUGCCCUAUUUUUUAUAUUUUCUGUGUUUUUUUACUGAAUUAUUAUCAACUCAAUGGGAAAUAUGGUAAACCCUGUAACUCGCUUUAACUCUGUUACCCAGCUUUCAACCCUGUUAUUCAGUUAUUUUUGAAAAUAGUCUUAAACCAUUUAAGAAGUUAUGUUAAAAAAUCUCUAAUGGCUUUGAAGUAAUAGUAAAUGGCUUACAAACAUGGCUGCCGCAAUCUCCAAGACCUCACCCAUUCACCUGAAUACUAAUGCACACCUGUUCUCAAUCACACCCUCACCCUAUAUAUACACUAACUCUAACAAGGAGUCUGUGCAAAGUAGUGCUCAGUGUAUGACUGGUUUACCAAGCCUUUUGUUUGCAUAUUUUCUAUUCUGGUUUUUUGAUCUCACCUUGCUUCCAGGUUUUUGUAUUUUGCCCUUGAAUUGUUGUUUGCUGAUUGCCUGACAUCUUGCCUGUUCCUGUUUAUGAGUUUGCUUCACAUUUUUGCAUCUGUUUGCCAGUUUUAAUAAAAAUUCUAAACUGCAA